AUGGCACUACCUCCUGCGGGGCCACAGGCUGGGUUUGAGAGGGGCUUGCCUGUGCCUAAAGCCCGGAGCUGGAAACGAGGCCGAAAGGGAGCCACCAAGGGCCUGCCUGUCUUGCUCACGUCUCCCUCCGCCUUCUCUGUCCCAGCUGAGCCCACAGUGACCGUGUAUCCUGCAAAGACCCAGCGCCUGCAGCACCACAACCUCCUGGUCUGCUCCGUGAACGGCUUCUAUCCGGGCCACAUUGAGGUCCGCUGGCUGCGCAACGGCCAGGAAGAGGAGGCCGGGGUGGUGUCCACGGGCCUGAUCCGGAACGGGGACUGGACCUUCCAGACCCUGGUGAUGCUGGAGACAGUUCCCCGGAGCGGGGAGGUCUACACCUGCCAAGUGCGGCACCCCAGCAGCACCAGCCCUGUCACCGUGGAAUGGAGUGAGACGCCUCUGACCUCACACCCCCUCCCCCCACAGGGGCCUUUGCUUGUCCCUGAGGCACAGGCCACAGGGUAG